AUGGAGCCUCUUCGAUCAGCCCCUGAGGCAUCCUCAUUUGUUCUCCUGGCCGACCACCAAUCGCGCACGCCCGCGUCAUUCCACUCCGGCCCUCCAGUCCUCCACUACCACAGCAAGCAGUGCAAGCUGGUCAUCCUCGAACGCGACCUUCUCUCCACACCAGCCCUCAAUGCAAUCCGCGGCUCAGCCCCAACAGCAAACGGAUCUAGCGACCACACUACCACCGCUACCGCGAGCAACAAUGCCGCCGCCGACGGAGAAGAAGGACAAGAAAACGAGCUCGUCGUGGACGGUGUAGAUGUCUGGGUGACAUCCGAUAAAUUCCUCCUCUACACCCCCACCGUCGCCGCCGGCGUCUCAAUCCCCUACCCCUCCAUCUCCCUCCACGCCAUCCAGCGCCUGCGCCUCCCCGGAAACCCCGCCGAAGUCCAAGGCCUAUACAUGCAGAUCGCGACCCCCGCCGCCCCAGGGACGAACACCGAGGACGACGAGGAGGAAAGCAUCACGCUGACGAUCGUCCCGCCAACGGGUGCAGAGUACGCCGGCGGCGCGACCACCGCUCCCGCCGAGGACGCGAUGGACGACCAAGCCGAGAAGCCGGAGGAGACGCCUGUGCAGAUGAUGUAUGCGGCUGUAUCGGCGUGUUCGAAUCUCCACCCCGAUCCGAUGGAGGAGGAGGACGAGGAAGGAGACGGUGAGGGGGAUUCGCUCAUGCAGUCUGGUUUCGUGACGAUGGGGAGCGCGGAUGGGGGCCUGCCGCCGCCUAUGGAUGGUAGUUCUGGGUGGAUCACGGCGGAGAAUAUGCAUGAGUAUUUUGACGAGGAGGGGAAUUGGAUCGGUGGGGGUGAGGAGCCGUCGCUGCCGCUUGGGCCUGGGGCGGGGACUGUGAGGCAGCGCGAGGGUGAGGGUGCGGAGGGUGGUGAUGGGCAGGGCGAGGAUGAGGAGACGAAGUGGAGGAGGACGGAUUAG